UAGCUCCACUCUCAGUACGCCGAGCCGUCAAUCGCAGGAGCCGAUCUCAGCUUCCUCACCUCCGCGCCGUGUUCGGAAACUCGUCCAUCCUCCGCGUCUCCUGUUUUCGGAAGUGUUUUCGGGAUUGAUUCCCGGCGGUUCGUCAAGGAGCCGAUGACGUGACGUCAUUUUCGGGUGCCGGUGACGUGGAUUUCGGGCCCCGCGGGCGGAGGGGGGCGGGAGUGAUUUUGGGGGUCGCGGGCGAAAUAUGCUACCAGUCUUCCGCGAAACGACCCGACGAUAAUUGACAUGUUGGUGCAGCACGAAAAGGGGAUCGCCAAACCUGACACAGACCGUUUGGCCUCUGAACCUAAAAAACGAUGGUAUUGAAUUAUAUCAAGUGCUUUUGCUGCCAUCAAAAGUACACCUGGGAGGUGAAAGGUGAUAGAAUCGAGGUGAAAGAAAAAGUGAAAGGAAAAGAUGGAGUCGAUGAUUUUGGUAGCUUGGAGUACGACACCGCCAUCGAGUUAGCAGGAGUCGGCCGCUUUCACCACCUGAUCACAUUCAUAUGCGGCUGCACACUGAUGUCAUGUGGCUUCGACGUGAAUCUAGGGGGCUACAUCGCCCCCACCGCAAGCGCCGUUUUCGAUAUGAAUUCGGAGAAAAUCGGGCUCAUACAUGCAGUAUUUUUAGCAGGUACAAUUUCAAGUUGCUUCUUCUGGGGAGCGUUAGCUGACACUUUUGGCCGGAAGAGGAUUCUGGUUCCUGGGAUGUUCCUUGAUGGAGUUCUUCUCCUGUUGUCUAGUUUGUCACAUAAUUUUUCUACCUUCAUUGUUCUCAGGUUCCUUAGUGGCUUCAUAAUUGGUGGCCCCAUGUCUCUGAUCUACACGUACUUAGGCGAAUUUUACAGCGAGAGGAAGCGAGCUAAAGUGAUUUGCUUCGUCGCACUGGCGAUGACUCUGUCAACGUUGAUUUUGCCAGUGGUUGCAAUGACAGUCCUACCGAUCAAGAUGAGUUACAAAAUCGACAAAUGGGAGUUCAACUCGUGGCGACUGCUGGUGGCGUGCAUGGCUGUGCCGAGCCUUCUCAGCGCGGUGCUCCUGUCCCUGAUGCCUGAGAGCCCCCGGUUUCUCUUCACGAAAUCCCUCCACGAGGAAUGUCUCCACGUUAUCUCCAAGAUGUUCGAGAUGAAUACCGGCAAAGACAGGGCCAGUUUCCCGGUUAAAUCGUUCAAUUCAAAGCAAAAAGUUGAGCUGAUCGGCCCUGGCCAGAAGAAACUGCUUUCCUCAAUAGUGUACAAAAUUGAAAUAAUGUGGACGCAGGUUUCAAAGCUGGUCAAGCCUCCAGUUCUCAACACUACAGUGCUUUGCACAACUGUCAUCUUCACGAACAUGGUCGGGUACUGCGGUUUGGGGAUCUGGAUCCCGGAGUUCUUCGACCGUUACGAGGAGGCGGGGAAGCUGGCGCCGAACGCGACGCUGACGGUGUGCGGGGCGCGGUCGGUGCCGCGACCCCCGGACGACGAGGACAGCGCCGACAGCAAGAUCUUCAGCCAGAAGACGCUCCUCUUCAACAUCAUCAUCGGCGGGCUCAGCAUCCUCGGCAACCUCGCGUCCGGGUUCCUCGCCAACCGAGUCGACCGCCGGGUCAUGCCAGUGACUUUGAUGCUGGCGUCCGGUGGCGCCGUGCUGUACCUGAUAUUGGUCGAUUCUACCAUGAAGCUUCUAGCAACAGCAUGUUUGUUCUACGUCAUGAUUGGCACUGCCCAUGCUGUUUAUAAUUCUAUCAUGGUUGAUCUUUUCCCGCCCUCCAUUGUCGGUAUGGGAGUUUGCUUGGCUUUGCUCAGUGGACGAUUUGGGGCUAUGAUGAGCAAUAUUAUCUUAGGAAACCUGUUGGACCAGCAUUGUCAGUCAACGCUCAUUGUGACAGGAUCUGUGGUGCUUGUUGGUGCUUUUGUAAGUUUGUUUAUUCCCAAAAACCUUCCACACCACAACUGUUAAAAAUGCACAUAGUUCCUUCCGAGGAGACACUUUUCAUCGCGCCGAAAGCUGACACUUGAGGUAGGUAGAGGAAAAAGACGGUUUAGAUGUUCAAGAUUCUUUCAAUGGAAAUGCAGUUCCUCACACUCACGAUCGAGAAUCAAACUCCAAGAUCUCAAAGCUCAGCUGAGAAUUAAGGAUUAUGUAAAUUAGACUUCUUACAUUCUUUAGCCCUGAGAGGUGUCUCGCGCCUAUUCUAAAGAUUAAAUGGAGUUUGAUCUCCGUUUCGCAUGCCGAAAAAUUUUAAUUUUUCAGAAAUAAGAUCUUUACCUCAGGUUU